CAAGAAGAAGAAGAAAACAUAUAGAAAAGACUCCUCUAUUUUUCUUCUUCUCUAUUUGUCAUUGUGCACCAUGACUAUUGUUCUUCUUCCUGUGUUUCAUUUGGUAGCAAAGGUCUCUGCUUCUCACUUCUUUUUAGAAACUCUUACUUCUUUCGAGUGACCCAAUCCCUUUGAUACAAAGAAACCCUUUCCUUGUUUUUAAUAUCUAUUUUGUAAUAUAUUAAUGGACUCAGUUCAGUUACAACACUUUAAGAUGGAGAAACCGAGAGGAAUCUUGAACUUCAAAGCCCUAAGAUCAUUCACAAGCUUAUUCAGACUCAUAGAAAUGAUUCUUCUUCUAAUCUUGAUCUCCAAACUCUCUUUCCCUUCAGUGAAACUCUCCACUGACAUUUUCAAGGAAGCAGCAGCGUUUCUCGUUAGCCCAAGAUUUGUUUUCUUUAUAGGUAACGCUAUUGUAAUAACUCUUUUUGCGAUAUCCAGACGAUACAACUCGGUUCACGAGCCUAUCUCAAAGACAACAGAAGCUGGAGGCAACGAUCUUUACCAUGAGUUUCUUCACGAGAGUGAGAAGAAGAGGCUCGAAGUUUGUGAGACGAAGAAGCCGAGUGGAGUGAAGAGGGUUAGUUUCGAGAGAAGCCAAACGCAGAAAGCGUUUGAGGCGGUUCACCCGCUUGAGAGUACAUGUGGUGGGAAAGUAAUGAAGAGGUAUGAGUCGGAGAAGCAUUUGAGGAUUUGUGAUUCGGACAAGAAAGUACACGUGAGAACUAAGAAAGCAGAUGAUAGAAUGAGCAACGAACAGUUUAGGACAAAGAUUGAAGCCUUCAUUGCGAGACAAAAGAGGAUUCAGAAGGAUGAAGAGCACUUGAUAGUCUAGCUCCUUUUUAGUUACUGAAUGUUGUUUUUUCUUUUGGUGAUAAACUUGGAUGCUCUGUUUCAAAACAUUCCAUAACGUUGCCUUAGUAAAUCUAUGUAUCUUAACUCUUGUAAACCUUUAAAGUUGUUUCAGUAAAUAAUACAAAUGUUUGUUAUGGGA